AUGUCCAGGCGAAACAACAACAGAACGCCAAACGAAAGCUCUAGCAGCACUGGGGCUGGCGAGGCAUUCGAAUUGGAGCAGCAGAACAACCGCCAUCUCGACCUGCUGGCGUCCAAGGUCUCGGCGCUGCACAGCGUGACGGUCAACAUCCACGACGACGUGUUUGAGCAGAACCGGAUGCUUGACGGCACCUCGGAGACAUUCGGGAGGUUCGGCAACAUGUUUGACCGGACACGGCAGCAGCUCACACAUACACUGGCGACGGCCAAUUCAAAGUUUCUCUGCUACCUGACGAUGGUGCUGGUGUUUGGCGUGUUCAGCCUGUAUUAUAUUGCCAAGAACCUGCUUACGCACGACGUCGACCCGUAUGAGCUGCCGUAG